AUGGCAACCAAAACUGAAGAAGGCUGGCACACUCUCCCGGACGGGGUGAAAGUGUACACCAAAACAUGGAAGCCUGAUGCUCCUCCCAAGGCGGUCAUUGUCUUUCUGCACGGCUUCAGUGACCACUGCAAUGCGUACUAUGACUUUUUUCCUGGCUUAGCCAAACAUGGGAUUGAAGUGCGAGCAUUUGACCAGCGGGGUUGGGGGCGCUCUGUACCAGAUGCAGCAUCUCGGGGUCUCACGGGCGAUACUACACUCGUCAUCGGGGAUAUCCACUCUGUUUUAUCAAGCGUGUAUCACUCGUUGCAAGGACAAGGGAAUGCCGAAGCUCCAGUGGAUUUGAAGGCGCCGCAUAUUUUCCUGAUGGGACAUAGUAUGGGUGGUGGAGAGGCCCUUUACUACAUGCUAAAUUCUACUUCCUUUCCUCCGUGGAUCCGGGGAGUCUUAGCAUAUUCCCCGCUCGUGGGCUUACACCCAAGCAGCCGCCCUUACAAACUUACGGUGGCGUUGGGAAGACUGGUUGCAAAAUUGAGGCCCAGCCACCAGCUUUACAAGCCCCUCGAUCCAUCUCUAAUGUGCCGUGAUCCACGCGUUUGCGAAGAAUGGAAGCAAGAUCCUCUCUGCCACGAUACGGGCACCCUGGAAGGGAUUGCAGGAAUGCUGGACCGAGCCGCCUGGUUGGAUCAGCUCCAACAUCUGCCGAAAGAUAUACUGCAAAAAGCGCAUUCAAAGUCUCCACCACUUUGGGUUGGUCACGGAACUGCCGACCAAAUAAACGAGUUUGAAGCCACUAAACAUUUCGCGGAGGCUGUCGCUGUCCCCGAUAAGACUUUCAAGGUAUAUGAAGGUGCUUACCACAAACUACAUGCUGAACCCGAGGGAAUAAAGGAAGCGCUCGUCAAAGAUGUAGCCGAGUGGGUCCUGGCGCGUAGCGAUAAUGUUGCCCAAGCAGAUUCAAGGUCAGAUGAAGAACGCCCUGGUUCGAGGGCAAAAUUGUGA